AUGGAGAACCAAAAGAUCUCCGACUUUCUUGCCGACCAGCUGCAGCAAGCUCCCGAACAAUGCCAACCCUUCUUCCUCAGCUUCGAAGACUACUGGGAGCGUAAGCUAUGGCAUCAGCUUACCGACGCCCUUAUCGAAUUCUUCCGCCUACCAGAGAGUGCUCCCCAACGACUACCGAUAUUCAAGACGUUCGUGCUCAGCUUCGCCGACCGCAUCAACCAGCUCAAGUUCGUGUCGCUCGGGUUGAUGGCAUCGACGCAGUGUGCCGAUGACCAAGAACGACUCUCUUUCCUCACAUCACUUGCGGACAAAGUGAACAAGCCCGAAUCACAAGACGCCUACAUCUACGCCCUUGCGGACGUUGCCAAUGUCAAGCAACGACUGCAGAAUCUGGACGGAGCACAGAAGGACCUGGAGCUGUGCCAGAAGGUCUUGGAUUCCUUCGACUCGGUAGAGACCAUUGUGCACGCAUCCUUCUACAAGGUCAACGCGGAUUACUUCCACGCCAAAGAAGAAUUCGCCUCCUUCUACAAGAACGCCCUGCUGUAUCUCGCCUGCGUCACUCUCGAGGAUCUCGACGAAUCCGAGCGUGUCUCGCGCGCCUACAACCUCAGCGUCGCCGCGCUCGUCUCCGACUCAAUCUACAACUUCGGAGAACUGCUUCUGCACCCAAUCCUGGACUCCCUCACCGAGACCCCCCACAACUGGCUCCGCGAUCUCCUCUUUGCCUUCAACCGCGGCGACCUGACAGCCUACGACGUCCUGGCCGGCAACAUCUCCAAGAACCAGCUCCUCGAACAGCACCGGAUCUUCCUGUACCAGAAAAUCUCCCUUUCGGCCCUCACGGAGAUGGUCUUCCGUCGGCCCCCGCACGACCGCAACCUGACGUUCGCGUCCAUCUCCUCCGAAACCAAAGUCAAGCCCCAGGAGAUCGAGCAUCUCGUCAUGAAGGCCCUUUCGCUGGGCUUGCUCAAGGGCGCUAUCGACCAGGUCGGUCAGGUCGCGCAGAUCCACUGGGUGCAGCCCAAGGUCCUGGAUAUGACCCAGAUCGACGGCAUGCGGAACAGACUCAAGGACUGGGAUGCGGGCGUGAACCAGCUCGGUCACUGGAUCGAGGGGGUUGGAAAGGAUGUGUGGGCUGCUUGA